UCUACGUAAAUUAAUGGUAAAAGAGGAAUGAUAUUAGACACAUUUUCUCAGUCUGUAGUUAUCUUCACCAAGCCCAGGGAUCCAACUCGCGACGUUUCAGUUCUGAACAUACCGACGAGCUAACCAGGUUGCCAUUUAUAUAACGCCGUGUUAUGGCAAACCUACGCCACCAUACUCGGUGCUAUCCUAUAACAGCAAUAAAUAAUCAAACAAUGUUUUAUCUAAAAAAAAAAUGAAACACCAAACGAUAUUAUUAAGGAAUAGAAUGACAUUGAAAGAAAUAGAGUUACAAUCGUACCAAACCUGAGUAAGGACAGAUGCGGCUUUGUUGUACUGUGUUGAUUAUAGGGUAUCGUGUUCUUGAGCGUGCCUUUAUCGGGAGUGAAAUCUUAUACUUGUCAAUCAAAACGCAUCUCGUAUGGACACGUUCCUGUAAGAAUACAAUAUAAACAUUUUGUAUCGCUAUUUUAAAAUAAUUGAAUUAAAUUAAACGAACCCAAGAUGUAAAUGAGUGCACAGAGUUGGCAAAAUACGUAGGUUUUCCUCAGCGAAGUAUUUUGCAAGUGUAUAUAACGGAGGUUGUAGUUUACUUUUGAAAAAACACUAAAUAAACAAUUAGACAAGUUAAAGCUAAAACGUUGCCAUAUUCUUUGAUUUUUUAAGGGGUAAUCUCGAUGCCAUGCUUUUUUGUCAUUAUGUUUAGCAUUCCAAUGAAAAUAAAUGUUUAUUUGGCCAACAAUUUGAUAGGCCAUGGGGAUUUAUUAGUAAGAUUAGAACAAGCUUGCACAUAAUUAAUCUAAAUGAGUAGGGGAAGUCACUUCACAUGUCAGGGAAGACAUUCUUUUUAAUAUUUAGGGCGAAUGUGUUGUUUUCAGUUAAUAACUAUUUUAAAUCAUAUUUUUAUACAUUACCUCGAGAUACAGAGCUUGCAAUAUUAUCUCUCUUCUUUGGUAUCUUAAAUAAUACAUUCAGCGCUGAAAGAUUACUAUAAAACAUUUAACUGACAAAAUAUAAAAGAAAUUAAUAUUUUUCAAAACCAGAAACAGUUUGUAUUACAAAAUGAGACAGCAGUUAGAGUAGUAUAAAUUUUGAUCAUUGAAACAGGUAAUAAGAAAUAAGAAAAAAUAAUUUGUGAACUAUACAGAUAUAUAAGGAAAUGCAAAGACUGGUAUAGUUCUUUUAUUAUGGUUGAAUUCCUUUCAUUCAUUGUCAUAAAACACAUUGUUGGUCUUUCUUGAUAACGCUUAUCAGUUACUUUGACGAUUCUUCUGUUGAUUUUGAACGCUAGUUUAACUUGAACUACGACACGACAAGUAUAAAUGUCUCGAUCAGACAAUAGUGUAAAUGACUUUGAACAUACAGAUAUUUUCAAAGGAAAAUAUUAGCUAAAGUCAACUUGCAAGUUACCAUCUCCACGAGAUGAAAACAUGCUGUUUGUACAUUUUCAAGUAUGUAUUCUAGAAUUUGGUCACCUAAACGUUUUACGAGACAAAGCUCGUAAUUAUGUAAAAUGAUAUCAAAAUGAAUUGAAAGUUUUCUGGCGUUCAUGCAUGCGCUAGUUUAAUGAGUCAAUUUUAUUUCAAAAAGUUAUGGCUUUAUAAUGAUAUUUAAAUAUGCAAUUUAAGGACCUAAUGGCUGGUAUAAAAAUGAGUCCGCAAAGUUAGUACAAAUUCAGUGUAACUUUUAAUGUGAACACGGUUAGCAAUGAAAUACGAAUUGCAUGAAAAACGAAUAAAUACUUUAUAAAUAGCAUUCUUCUUCAAAAUGACGGCAGAGAUAAAAAUGACACUGGAUAUGGAAAAUAGGGAUCCGAAUGACUUGAACCAACAUAUAAAGGUGAUGUUCGAGGAUGUGGUAGCAGAACCAGAAGGUGUCAGAUCAAUGGACUGUACAUGGGUUAAUGGAUUCAAGUGUUUCGAAUGCGGAAAGAACGUCUGCUACAGGAUCCUGACCCUGUUUUGUGGCUUGUGUAUAGCAUUAUUCUGGGGAUGUGAAUUUGCAGUUACCAGUUUUGCCCAUAUUUGGUGUUAUACACCAUUUAUUAGAGAUUUUUCCAUUGGAGUUGGCUGCUUGAAGAAAAUAUUCAAGAUUGUUCUUGACUGCUGCGUGGCUCCCGUUUGUGAAUCUUUUGGUUUAUUGUUCGCUAAAAUACACAUUGAAAAAUUGUGAUGUAACAAACCUGAACUGACAGUGCGUUUCAUCCUGGGGAGAUAUUAAAAAGUCAGAAAAAUAAUACUUGAACGAUAUAGACAGAUGUAGAGUAUUAUCGAAUUGCUAAAUUUGUUCUUUACCAUGUUUAGUUUAUCAAAUAUCAAUUUGAAUAUCAGUUUUGUAAAUUUUAUAUGUACGUGCUUCCUUCAAUUUAUAUAUGUCUUUUCAUUACCUACAUUUAUAAAUUACACGGAUUUUAAGAUAUUAUAAAUAAUGUUAAUUAGAUUCAGACAAAU